AUGGACACAUCUCCAGAUUUCUCGGGCCACGAGGUCAACGCCCACAACGAAACCACGAUAUCUCGAAUCCCCAAGAUCCUUCCACACGAGCGCGUGUUCCCUAUACAAAUUGGCACCGAGCUAUUCAAGCUUUCCGGAGCCUCUCUCUCCUCUGACGCUCCUUCUUACUUUUCGCAAUACUUCCUCUGCCAACUCAAGACCGCCGAAAGCAAUGGCGAGGACCCCACCACUGCCAUCCGCACCCUCUACAUCGACCGCGACCCCGAGACAUUCCGAGACAUUACCCUUCAUCUGCAAGGCUACCAUGUCCAGCCCCGCGAUGGCACGCACUUUGUGAGGCUAUUUGCCGAUGCGCAAUUCUACAAUUUGCCCAAGUUGAUAUCACAGCUCUACGAAGAGUCCAUCUUUAUAUGCAUUGGCCACCGCGAAUUCCAAAUCCCCCGCGACAUCUUCAGCGACCCCGGCAACUCGCCCAACUUCUUCUCCCUCGGCUUCGGCGCCUUCUUCUCCAACCCCACAGACCUGUUCCCCGGCCUCGACCGCGAAGGCCUAAUACGCCCGCCCUCCAUCCUCCCGCCCUCCGUACCCCACCGAUCCGCCGACACCUUCGCCGAGAUCCUCCAGCUUCUCAAGGGUUACCCCGUCCACAUCCGUAACGACGCCCACCGCGCCGAGCUGCUCCGCGACUGCCGUUACUUCAACUUUAAGGGCCUCGAGCAGAGGCUCAUCCCACACCACAUCAGCUUCAACCAAACCCGCCAGAAGAAGGAGAUCGUGAUACGCGUAGAAGACAUCCUCAAGAGCGGCAUCAGCAUCCUCAAGGAGGGACCCGCGACCCCCGCCGAUUCCCCCGUUGCUUGGGUCAACUAUGCCCGGCCUUUCGUCGACGACCAGGCUUCCGAGCUGGUCCUCGAGAUCGGCGGCGAGACUACGCGGCUCCAUUUUAUCGCCUCCGUGGCGCGGGCCGAGUUUUUCGGUGAGGUUCGCACGAGGGUGACGCGCCUCUUCGAGGUCAUCGCCACGAAGCUGAACCUGCCGCCAACCACGCGUCCGCUGGGCCUCCUCAUGGCCACAGGCGGCGCAAACAGCCAGCCGGCGUCGCCCGGGAGCACGCCUCUCAGCGGUGACGACUUCGUCAGCGUGGUGAUCGAGCCUGAGACCGCCAUCACGCUGGACGGCCAGCCCUACAGCCAAGCAGACCUCGACGCCAACGCUGCUGCCGUACCCUUCGCGGAGUGGAUCGUGAGGAGGGGUCAGUGGAGGCUGAGGAUACAAGGGUCGACGACGAAUCCGAAGAGUUCGUUGGAGUGUGUGCUUUUGGCUGUGAAGCUUGAUGCGAUGACUUCGGAGAGGGGCAGGAAUGAUGCGCGGGGGUUCUUGAAUUCUUAG